AUGGCAACAUAUGUACAAGAAAUAAGAAGAUUGAGUUGGAGAAUUCUUGAGCUGAUUUGUGAAGGAUUGGGACUUGAAAAGGGAUUCUUUGAAGAAAUAAGUCAAGUCCAAUUUCUAUCAGCAAGUAAUUAUCCAGCAUGCCCAGACCCAAGUGUGACUUUGGGAGUAUUAAAACAUUUUGAUCAUAGCUUUAUAACAAUACUAUUUCAAGGAAAUGUUGAUGGGCUUCAAGUGUUUCAUGAUGGCAAGUGGAUUGGAGUUGGGGUUUUACCUAAUGCCUUUGUUGUCAACAUAGGCACUCAAUUAGAGAUUAUGAGCAAUGGAAAGCUAAGAAGUGCAGAACACAGAGUAAUGACAAAUUUAGAUGAAGAGAGAUUAACCAUUGCCACAUUCAUUAAUCCUUCUCCAAAUUGCAUAGUUGAACCAGCCAAAGUUUUGAUUAAUGAAUCAAAUCCUCCUUUAUAUGAUUCAUUUAUGUUCAAGGAUUUUGUUGUUUCUUCCAAAGCCUUUGGUCCUUAUACUGAACCUAUAAAUUAA